CUUACGCGCAGCAGACGCGCUUGACGCGUCUCCAGAGACGACCGAGGUUGAAGCUAUCACCGGCCGGACCUUAUAUAGCCCAGCUCAGAUUCCACCCACAAUCUGAUCCCGAUCGUCAUUUCUCGCCAAGUCGAAGUAUCUGGGCAUCUCUUACGCACGCGAUUGACCGGCGCCAUGGCCGAGCCACCACCACCAACCGUCCUCGCCCACAAGACGGCCUUCCUGACCGCUCAGACGCUACAGCUCUCACAGCCCCUGGCGCCUUCACAACACUGGCAGCGCAGCAACGCAGACUCGGAUGCUGCAUCAUUGUCACAGAAGACCCUCGAAGACGCCCUGACCCGCCUCAAUCACCUGCUCCAGCAGCACUCGCGCCGUGUGUACGCCCCGCAAGCAUCGAGGCAUGUCGCAGAGCAGAUCGAGCGGUUGCUGCUCGACUCGGCGGAUCGCUAUAUCGCUGGCAGGCGGCAAGAGGGAGAAGACGGAGGGGACAAGGAUGGUGCCGACAUUGGUGACGAUGCGCUGCGGAUAGGCGCAGAUCUGACAACCCACGCGAUGAUAUCCUCCCUCCCGGAGAACUGGUUCGCCGCUUAUCCAGCGCAAGCAGAGGCCCAUCCUGCAGAAGCACAGCGCUACCAGGAUCUCGCUGCGUCGCUUACAUCUCUGUCUGCACGCAGAACACAAGCCAGCCAGCGCGUCGAGCGUCUGCGCAAGAUGAAAGCUCUCUUGCAGCCGUUCAGUACCGUUGCACAGAACGAGCAGGCAGAGAGCUCCGGCGCCGGUGGGGUGAGCGGUAGCAGCGUGCAAGAAAACCUGAUCACCCGCAAUGGUGAUGUAGAGAAGGAACUCGAGAGGAUGCGCAUGUUGCUCGUGCGUGUGUCGGGACGGCUCGCCCAGCUUCCGCCGUCGAGGGCGGAUAGGUCAGGGGCAGAUGUAAGGAUGAGGAAUGCUCGAGAUCAUGACGCUGAUGGCGAAGAGGACGACUUUGUGCAGGAUCUGGACGUCCUGGAGAGAAACAAGGUUGCGUCGCUCCUAGAUGGGUUUUAAAGUUCUGGGUACUUCUAUGAUGGAGGAUGUUGAGCGACGUGGAUUUCUUUCGAAAUAUCAUUCUUCGGAAUUAGGGUUUGGUGCUUUAUUGUUGGAUAUACCCCAUUAGCCUUGUCAGAAUUACCCAUUCUAGGGAAAAUGAAAAGUAUUUGCCAUGACCUGUUG